CAGAUUUGCAACCAACAUAAUGCUGAAGCUCUCAACUUGGAACAAGCAUUUCACAGAAUGGCACAAACAGAACAUAAUCUGGACCAUGAUGUGUCAUGGUUCCUCCUUCCAUCAUACUGGGCUAAAAUGCUUGUGGCAUUUAUUUCUUUCAUCUGUUUUGCUAACAGCUAUGAUGGAGAUUUUGUCUUUGAUGAUUCUGAAGCCAUCAUCAAUAAUAAGGACCUCAGGGCAGAGACCCCUCUUGGUGACCUAUGGCAUCAUGACUUUUGGGGCAGCAAACUCAGCAGCAAUACCAGUCAUAAGUCAUAUCGACCACUAACUGUCCUAACUUUCAGAAUUAAUUACCUUUUUGCUGGAGGCUUCUACCCAGUUGGUUUCCAUGUCAUCAAUAUAAUACUGCAUUGUACUAUCUCAGUGUUGAUGGUUGAUGUGUUCUCAAUACUAUUGGGUGGACUGCAAUUCAGUAAUAAAGGAAGAAGGCUCAACCUGGCUCCAAAGACAUCUCUUCUAGCUGCUUUGCUGUUUGCUGUACAUCCAGUGCACACCGAAUGUGUUGCUGGGAUUGUUGGCAGAGCAGACCUGCUGUGUGCCCUGUUCUUUUUGUUGUCAUUCCUUGGCUACUGUAAAGCAUUUAGAGAAAAUAAGGAAGGACAUAAUUUUUCUAUAUUCUGGGUGCUGGUGAGUGUUAUCCUAGGUGCAAUAGCCAUGCUGUGCAAAGAACAAGGAAUUACAAUACUGGGUUUGAAUGCAGUGUUUGAUGCACUAGUCAUUAACAAGCUAAAUGUUUUGGAGCUUAUUCAAAAGUUACUACAUAAAGACAAGUCAUUGGAGAAUUCUGGGCUGUUUAGAAAGGGACUGCUUUUCAGGAUAACUCUCCUAAUGUCUGGAGGGGCCAGUAUACUUUAUAUACGCUGGAGGAUUAUGGGUACAGGGCCACCAGCUUUCACUGAAGUAGACAACCCAGCUUCAUUUGCAGACAGUCUGUUGGUGAGGGCUAUAAACUAUAAUUACUACUAUUCGUUGAAUGCAUGGUUGCUGUUAUGUCCCUGGUGGUUGUGUUUUGAUUGGUCAAUGGGCUGCAUACCCCUCAUUAAAUCCGCCAGUGACUGGAGGAUAAUUGCACUAGCAGCACUUUGGUUCUGCCUAAUUGGUCUGAUAUGCCAAGCUCUGUGCUCAGAAGACAGCCAUAAGAGAAGAAUUCUUACACUGGGACUUGGAUUUCUUAUCAUCCCUUUUCUUCCUGCAAGUAAUCUGUUCUUCCGAGUAGGAUUCGUUAUUGCAGAGAGAGUCAUCUACCUCCCCAGUAUUGGAUAUUGUAUUCUGUUUACUUAUGGAUUUAGUCUCUUGAGUAAGCAAGCCAAGAAAAAGAAAAUUCUUGCUGUGGCAGUACUUGGAAUCUUGUUGAUCAAUGUUAUGCGCUGUGCACUCCGCAGCAGUCAGUGGAGGUCAGAAGAACAGCUUUUUAGGAGUGCGCUGUCUGUGUGUCCCCUGAAUGCAAAAGUGCACUACAAUGUUGGCAAAAACCUGGCUGACAAAGGAAAUCAAAGUGCUGCAAUCAAAUACUACAGAGAAGCUGUAAGGUUGAAUCCUAAAUAUGUACAUGCCAUGAACAAUCUCGGAAAUAUUCUGAAAGAAAGAAAUGAGCUCCAAGAAGCAGAGGAGUUGCUGUCCCUAGCUGUACAAAUACAACCAGAUUUUGCUGCUGCAUGGAUGAAUCUAGGAAUAGUACAGAAUAGUUUAAGAAGGUUUGAAGAGGCAGAACAAAGCUACUGGACAGCAAUUAAACACCGGAAAAAAUAUCCAGAUUGUUACUACAAUUUAGGGCGGUUGUAUGCAGAUUUGAAUCGCCAUAUAGAUGCAUUGAAUGCAUGGAGAAAUGCUACAGUUCUGAAACCAGAGCAUAGUUUGGCUUGGAACAAUAUGAUUAUAUUGCUUGAUAACACAGGCAAUCUAGCUCAAGCAGAAGCAGUUGGAAGAGAGGCCCUGGAAUUGAUACCUAAUGAUCAUUCCCUUAUGUUUUCAUUGGCGAAUGUACUGGGGAAAUCACAAAAAUAUAAGGAAUCUGAAGCUUUAUUCCUCAAGGCAAUCAAAGCCAAUCCAAAUGCUGCCAGUUAUCAUGGUAAUUUGGCUGUGCUUUAUCAUCGCUGGGGAAAUCUUGACUUGGCAAAGAAGCACUAUGAAGUUUCUCUGAAGCUUGAUCCGAUGGCACCCGGGACCAAGGAAAACUACAGCCUCCUAAGAAGAAAACUGGAGCAAUUGCAAAAGAAAGGCGGUGCCUGA